CACGCCUGCCUAAGAAUAAGAUUGCGCGCGGUGGCCCUGUGGACAGCUGCUGGCUCUUGUUCACCUGAAGCAGGUGGACGACGCAGCACCCAGCACCCUAUACUCGGGAGCGAGAGCGAGGAGGAUGCCGCAGGAACGGACUGUGCGCCUGCAGUACGGGAACCGCAUCGAGGCGGUGUGUGUGCUGGGCACUCGGCUCUGGGUCGAUGUCUACAGUGCGGCCCCCGCUGAUGCCAAGACCUUCAGCCUGAAAUACACAGAUGGUGUACAGGUAGAGGCAGUGAUUGAUGGGCAGGCCAAGGAGGCCACAGCCAAUGGCAAGCAGAGAUGGGCCCUCUCACCCAGCACCAUCCUACGUCUCAGCAUGAGCCAGCCUAGCACAGAAAUCAGCAGUGACAAGGUCACCGUCAACUAUUAUGCAGAGGAAAACAAAACGCCCAUUGACCAAGCUGGACUUUUCCUCACGGCUAUUGAGAUCUCCCUGGAUGUGGAUGCAGAUCGAGAUGGAAUCGUGGAAAAGAACAAUCCUAAGAAGGCAUCCUGGACCUGGGGCCCUGAUGGCCAGGGGGCCAUCCUCCUGGUGAACUGUGACAGGGAGGUCCCCUGGUUGCCCAAGGAAGAUUGCUCUGAUAACAAGAUCUACACCAGAGAAGACCUAAAGGACAUGUCUCGGAUGAUCCUGAGGACCAAUGGCCCCAGUCAGCUCCCAGCAGGCUAUGAGAUGGUUCUCUACAUUUCCAUCAGCGACUCAGACAAAGUGGGCGUAUUCUAUGUGGACAACCCAUUCUUUGGCCAGCGUUACAUGCACAUUCUCGGCCGGCAGAAGCUCUUUCACGUGGUAAAGUACACAGGCGGCAAAGCCGAGCUGGAAUUCUUUGUGGAAGGCCUUCGAUUCCCUGACGAGAGUUUCUCAGGCCUGGUCUCCAUCCAUGUCAGCCUGUUGGAACUUCUGAUGGAGGGACUUCCCCAGACUCCAAUCUACACAGACACAGUGACUUUCCACGUGGCCCCAUGGAUCAUGACCCCAAACACAUUGCCUCCAGUGUCUGUUUUAGUAUGCAGCAUGAAGGACAAUUACCUGUUCCUCAAGGAGAUAAAGAACCUGAUAGAGAAAACUGACUGCAAGCUUAAGAUCUGUUUCCAGUACAUGAACCGUGGGGAUCGUUGGAUCCAGGAUGAAGUUGAGUUUGGCUACAUCGAUGCUCCCCACAAAGGCUUUCCUGUGGUCCUAGAUUCCCCUCGAGACGGGAACCUGAAAGACUUCCCAGUGAAGGAACUCCUGGGCCCAGAUUACGGCUAUGUCACCCGGGAGCCUCUCUUCGAGCAAGUCACCAGCCUGGAUUCCUUCGGGAACCUGGAGGUCAGCCCUCCUGUGACGGUGAACGGCAAGGAGUACCCCCUGGGCAGGAUCCUCAUUGGCAGCAGCUUCCCCCUGUCUGGCGGGAGAAGGAUGACAAAGGUCGUGAGAGAUUUCCUGCAGGCUCAGGUAGUGCAGCCCCCUGUGGAGCUAUAUUCUGAUUGGCUGAUCGUUGGCCACGUGGAUGAAUUUAUGACCUUCGUUCCCGUCCCGGGCAAAAAAAAGGAAUUCCGGUUGCUCAUGGCCAGUACCUCUGCCUGCUACAAGCUCUUCCGGGAAAAGCAGAAAGAAGGGCAUGGAGAAGCUAUCUUGUUCAAAGGCUUGGGGGGCAUGAGCAACAAAAGGAUUACCAUCAAUAAGAUCCUGUCCAAUGAGAGUCUGGUGCAGCAGAACCUGUACGCCCAGCGCUGUCUGGAUUGGAACCGGGACAUCCUGAAAAAGGAACUAGGUUUGACAGAGAAAGAUAUCAUUGACCUCCCAGCUCUGUUCAAGUUGAAUGAGGAAGGCCAAGCUAUGGCUUAUUUCCCCAACAUGGUGAACAUGAUUGUGCUUGACAAGGACCUGGGGGUCCCCAAGCCCUUUGGGCCCCUGAUCGAGGAGCAGUGCUGCCUGGAAGCUCAUGUGUGCUCACUUCUGCAGCCCUUGGGUUUCACCUGUACCUUCAUCGAUGACAUUUCCUCCUAUCACAAAUUAAUGGGCGAGGUCCACUGUGGUACCAAUGUCUGUCGGAAGCCCUUUGCCUUCAAGUGGUGGCAUGUGGUGCCUUGACCCCGUGGGCAGGCUUGGCAUCCCCCUCCCUCAUUCCCUCCACCUUCCCCAUACAUCCUCCCAUAAUCCCAGGUCCAACUCCUUCUUGGAAAUUGCUUUUACUUCCUUCGGCCGGGUCCAUUUUGAUGUCUGCUUGGGGUUGGGGUGGAGUCUGGAAAAAAAAACUAUAUGUGA